CAGUGUAACCUAGUACUGAAAGAGAGGUCCCCAUUGUGAGGCUCGGAAGUGGAAGAAACGCUUGCGCCUUUUGAAGAGUUGUGAAAUGGGUUACUUUCAAGAAGCCAAAGAAAAUCAAAUGAAGAAGAAAGUGGAAGAAGCUUUACGCAGCAAAAUGAAGCAGAAAGCACUAAAGGAAUGCCAUCAAUAUGCUUCAAAAUAUGCCCAAUGUGCAGCGGGAAAAACAAUAUCUGUUGUUUGGCAUUGUCGCAAACAAGCUAAAGAAUUAAAUGAAUGCUUACAUCAAUACACCAAUGACACCAUUUUUGAAGAAAUGAAGAAAGAAUACAUGGCUCAACAGGAGGGGAAAGGACCUGUUAUAGUUUAAGGUCACCCUCUAUGAAGAGAUUCUAAUCAACAAAUCAGUAUCUGGACUGCAGAUGGUUUCUAUUGCUGUGUAGUAUGUCUGUAACAGUUUUUGCUUGUUGGAGCAGUGCUCAUGGCUUCAAUUGAUUUCCCCUGCAUUUCUGAGAUGCUGUAAUGUACUUUUGGACUUUAAUUAUUUUUCAAGAUUAUAGUUUAAGUUCACCCUCUAUGAAAAGACUCCAAUCAUUUUAAAAAGUUGAAAUCACAGAACCAUUCAGACUGUAGGAUUGCAUAAUUGCAGAGGAUAUUUGGUUGAGUUCUAUGAAUUUACCAGUUAUACAGCCUUGGCUAUAUCCAGCAAUGUGGUGGAGGGUUGGGUAAUCUCAAUGAAAAAUUUAGUGUUUUUCUCUUUUUUGAACGCUUGUUUGAGCUUGUGGUAUUUGGCUCAGUGUUUCUCGUGCGAAUUCCAUUUGCUCCUAAGCAGGGAAUUGGAAUUACUGUACGAAAGAGUUCGGCUAUUUUUGUUUUACGAGGAAGGGGAAUGAGAAGGAAUAUUUUGUUUUCA